AGUCUAAUUGUUUUUGAUGCUGGGGUCAAACUGAUGUGCUCACAGAGAGACUUUGUUGUUAAAGCUGAUUAUUCAACAGCAAAAUGAUGCUCAGCAUUGCUGAGACUGACAUUUAGAGAAGUUUUAUUAGCCACUCUUGCAGUUAAGUGUUGGAUUUGAGUUGAAAGGGACAAAAAUAUGCAGCUUUGACAACUCCAAUUCAUCCCGUCUGGAAGCUGAUUGGCUAAAUUAAACGUUGGCACAGUGUCUGUCAAGAAAAACUAUUGAAGACUACUGAAGAGUGCCUUCUUAGUCCUCUCUCAGCCUCCCUGACAGUGCAGCUGUAUAUUUACAGGUGCAGCUCCGAUAUGACUAAGAGAAGCGCGUCUCUUCAGCUUGUCAAAAGGAUGCUGAACCAUCACUGCAGAAGGAACCCUGAGCUUCAUGAGGAGCUGCAGAUCCAGGCAGCAGUGGCAGCAGGGGAUGUCUGUACUGUCAGGAGAAUGCUGGAGCAAGGAUACUCACCUAAGAUUCGUGAUGCCAACGGCUGGACACUGCUCCACUUCUCUGCUGCCAAAGGAAAAGAGAGAUGUGUUAGAGUCUUUCUGGAGCAUGGAGCUGACCCCACAGUGAAGGACUUUAUUGGUGGCUUUACAGCACUUCACUAUGCUGCUAUGCAUGGCAGAGCACGCAUCGCCCGACUGAUGCUAGAAUCUGAGUUUCGCAGUGACAUUAUAAAUGCAAAAAGCAAUGAUGGCUGGACGCCACUGCACGUGGCCGCCCACUACGGUCGAGACUCAUUUGUACGCCUCCUCCUCGAGUUCAGGGCCGAGGUGGACCCGCUGAGUGACAAAGGGACCACACCACUACAGUUGGCUAUCAUCCGUGAGCGCUCCAGCUGUGUACGGAUCCUCCUGGACCACAGCGCCAACAUUGACAUUCAAAAUGGCUUCCUGCUGCGAUAUGCUGUCAUCAAAGGCAAUCACUCAUACUGCCGCAUGUUCCUGCAGAGGGGAGCGGACACUAAUCUCGGACGUCUUGAAGAUGGCCAGACCCCCCUGCACCUGUCAGCCCUCAGGGAUGAUGUGUUGUGCGCCCAGAUGCUCUACACAUACGGAGCCGAUACCAACACCAGGAACUACGAGGGCCAGACACCGGUAGCUGUAUCUGUUAGCAUGUCUGGGAUCAGCCGGCCCUGUCUGGACUUCCUGCAGGAGGUCACCAGCAGACAUCUCUACGGCUGAUAUCUCCAAAACUUGGCAACUCACACCAAAAUAAUCUAGAUGGAUAAAUAGCACUACAGGUAAGAGGAAAAAUAUGUAUUUUUCAUUUUGGGGUGAACUGUCUCUUUAACCAUGAAAAAAAAUCUGUGAAAGUAGGUUUGGUAUAGAAAAGGAUUCCAAGUUUAGUACAAAAAGUGAAAGAGCUUUUUAUUGUAAGUUGAGAGGAGGAAAAUGUUGAGAAAUUUGUAGAGUUAAAUAGGGCUACUUGCCAACACAAGGUUAUAAUGACCAGUGUUCAGUGACAGAACAAUCCCAGGUUGGAGGAACAGGAGAGCACAUUACCUGAAGCAUUAUGAUUUAGAAGGAACAAUGGCUGCAUUCCUCAACUACCCCUUGAACUUUGAUAUCAAAGAGCUGUGCACUGAUUCAGACAAGCCCUUUCAGAGACUCCAAACCCUCAGCCAGAUCACAUAUCUGCUGGGUUAUUGAUUACACCUCUACCUCCUGGAUUAACUCAUGUGCAAUGAAAGGCUCGUUCCACACAGAAUGACAGGUACCCAGCUCUUUUCAACUGCUGCACAAGUCAGUGUUGCUCCCCUUAGGUUUUUCUCAUGUCAGAUACUGCAACAUGCACAACAGUCCUCAUACAAAGGUUCCACCUGCAAAACCAAAAGCUUAAACAUACUCCACCCAAAGAAAAUGUCACAUAUGAUAUCUCUAUCACUGUUGACACCUGAGUCUAGAUCUGUGGUCUUCAAAAUCCAUGAAUCAUUUUUAAAAAAGUCAUAAUGCUAACACCUGUAGAAAGUGCAGUUUUGACUCUGGUAGCCUGUUGACCUAAGGCUAGUUUUUGCACUCACUGAGUAACAUUAGGGCUGUAGUCAGCCAAAGAAAAUUGUGGGUGACCUAUCUACCUACUUCAACCAAUCGAUUGGUCGAUGGGGGGGAAAAAAAUCUGCACAUUACCUCUAGAUUGACUAAUUCCACUCUACCUGGUAGCUGCUGGGUGCUAAUCAACGUUACACAGCGUUGCCAAGCAAAUUAAUUCCUGCAGUUUGACCAUUUCUUUUUCACACAUAACUAUAUUGUUACCUUCAGGGCAUGUCUAUCAGGUAAAUUUACAGCAGCAACACACACACACAAAAUGGGCGAGAAUCACGGAGCAGAACGGCUUCUGUAUAACAACACUAACACUAGCUGAGCUAACUUAGCACCACAGUAUAACUCCAUAACAUUUCAGAAAAAGCAACACGAAAACAACUACUAAUCUCAUUAUUUGGUCGGCUUAACGCUCACAAAGUUUCUCUUGACUGUCCUUCAAUAUUACAACAUUAGUUCUGCAUCGCCCCAGCCUGUGGGAGUAGCCACUUAGCCGCGCAACAUGCUAACACCAAGUUCAACAGGCUACAAAUAAACACUAAAACAACAUAAAACAUGGCAAAACUUACAGCUUUCAAGUUUGAAGAUUUCACUGUUUUACAAACCGUGAAGUUUCGGAUAUACUUCAUUAAAGAGGUGGGACUAACCGUAUCAUUUUUAUGCUCUGUUUGGUAAUCGAGUAAAGUAAGUGGAAAUAAUAUUGUUAAUGAUUUUCUUUCAUAUCUACAUGAAAUUGAGAUUAAAGUUUGUACACAGACCAAAACAAAAGCAGAACCCAUGACAAUAGAUACAUGUUACAUUAUGUUUUGUAAAUUUCCUGCAGUGGAAAAGGGAUAAUUGUAGCUAUCCUGGGGUUUGGGUUUUGUGGCCAACUAGGUGCUUGGAGUUUACAUACUUAUCAAAAUAUAAACUAUAUUUUCUGACAAUUUGCUGUUUCUUAUCAGUUUCUCGGGUCAGUUUAAUCAAAUAAAAAUGCACAUUUUCCCACAGCUGCACUGCUAUUUAGGCCUGCAGGUACUGUUUUGGUAGAUGUUUGGAGAUAUCCACCACAGAGAUUUGUGCUGCCACCCCAGUACAGUGAAGGUGAAUGGAAUGGGAUAGGCCUUGGAUUAAAAUUUCUUUUAAGCAUCAUGGAGCCCAUGUUGACAGUAAACUGUACUAGAGUUUUGUUAUGAUUUAACCACCUGUCUCAGCUUAUGGAUGUUUCUGCGGUGGAGGAAGAGAAGUGUCCAUGGCAGAGGAGUUACUUUACCCAAAUCAGACUGAUAACACCCACGCACAUCACUUCCGGGAAUCAAAGGGGUUUUUCCCAAUGGUUUGCAUACAGCUGAUAACAGAGUGGAUACUAACUGAUUAAUGCCUUUGGCAGUAGUGAUGUGUCAGAGGUCCUGUUUUUGAUUUUCCGUAUUAUAUCAUAGAAUUUAAUUUAAAUAUACUGUAUGUGUUUGUAUAGAGUUGUGUAAUUAUUUAUUAACCAUACUAUUACAUUAGUAAGGUUUUAUUUUUGUUAUACAACUAGGAUAGUUAUUCUUGACAUAUCCCACUUUUUAACUGUCAAUAUGACAGAAUAUUUCAAUGCAUUGCAGAUGAAAAAUCUUUCGUAUUUAUUUCUUGCAACAAAUAAGAAUGUAACUUAGACAGUGACAAGCAGAAGUGAUACUAAAUGAGAGCCCUUUGGGAGCCGAAAGAGCCGGCUGGAAAGGAUCGGAGCUAUAAGAUCCGGCUCCCUUCAAAAAGCCGUAUUUCCCAUCACUUUUUGGCAGGCUGUUGAAAAACUGUACACCUAAAAUAGGGAUCUUUAACCUUCAUAUGUACAGCAUUGGGGUACCGAGAUGGCAGUCAGUGACAGUGCCUUUUUUGAUACUCCCACUAUAAGAUGCCAAAGUCAGAAUUUAUUUAAUCCUACAUCCUAAUAAUCCUGUAUUUAUUUUUUGCUCCUCCAUAUACAGUAAGGAAAUUAGCUUAAUCACCUUUCAGUAUAACACCACGCAGUACAAAAUGGAUUGUAGAACUGAAUCAACACACAACAACAAGCUGCAGUCACAAAAUAAACUCAACUUUUUAAACAAGCUCAUAUUUAUUGCAGGGCUGUUGCUUUACAUCAUACAGGUGUUUCUGUUUUUUCUGGGGCUCAUGGUGUAUGGCAUGCAUACCUGCAGCCUAUAAACAUGAAAGAUAGCCGACUGAAAGUUAGGUUAACAUUACAUCCACAGCUCUCAAUAAUGUUAAUCUUAGCUUACCUUUUUAUAAAUGUCAGCAUGCGGGCCUGCCUGUUCUUGUGAUUUGUCCCUGAUGUUUUGUUGCUGCUUUGUAUCUAAUUCUCAGUGAGACUGUGGAUGAAUUUAGUCUCUUUUUUUCUUCUUAUUUCUUCCCAGAACCAGUAAUAGCAAACAUUAGCAGAUACAGAACUUUUCUGAAAUACAAGAUGCUGCUUAUUAGUGCAACAGGUCAAGCAGCUAAAUCAGCUUAUAAAGAAGAGAUAAAUUAUUAAUUAAUUAAUUUUACCAUUUGUCCUUCUUUUACAUUAUCGUUUAGUUUUUAUUCAUUCAUAAAAAUUGUAAUACAUUUUUGUCCUUUUUAUUUUCAAUGGUCAUUUUUAAGUUUUCAUCAUAGGGGAAAAAAAAGGUCAUCAGCCAAAGUUUUUUCAUCAUAGGUUUCGUUGACGAAAUUAGCACUGAGAGAGGGGAGCUGAUCACCUGUCCCCUCUUGCAGAAAACUUUGUGUUUGUGUUUAUAACUAUGAAGAGAACUUUCUAGAAAAAUUGGUUUGCAUCAAUAACUUUGAGCCCAAUACUGAUUUUGAUAUUUGAGGGUUUAGAAAAUCUGAUAACGAUAUAUUGGCCAAUAUUUAUUUUUUAACAGAAACUUAUUUAACAAACAUUUUUGAUAAGGAUCUCUUAAUUUUGGUUAUUGAAGAGUUCUGACAAAGAUGUGCACUGAGAAGGAUAUUAUUUAGUUCAAGAAUAAAUUUGUUUAAUUGUGAAAAAUAUAACUCUAACAGCAACUACAACAGUAAACUCCACUGGAAUUAUUGUAAUUGGCCAUAAUAUAAUAGGUAUUGGGUUGAAGUUGAUUUUUGAUAACCUGUUACCAAUUGACUAUUUAAUUUUCAUGUAUUAAUUUAUCCAGUUUAUCUAUUUACCUGUACCUGUUUUAUUUCUAUCAAAAUGAUGCAAGCUAUAGGAAAAUAUUUUCCAACCACUAUUUAUGUCAGCGGAUUGAAAACUCUGUUUAAAAACAUUGUAUCUUUAACGAAAGCAGUAAUUUGAUACAGUGACUGAGAAUACAUACUGCUGCAAAGACAAGACAAACAAUGAGAGGGAGUGGGUGAUGGGAAAUGUCUGAAUCAGCUUUCACUGUCAUUUACUUGUCUAAAUGUGCACACGUUUAUUAGAUGAACUGCAAGCAUGUGUUUUAUAGCAGCUGUCAGCGUUAUACUGACAAGGGAGAAAAUUAUAGGGCCAUGGAUCAUUUACUCGCUAGAACAAUCUUACUGUGUGUUUUAAUAAAUACAUGUAUAACCAAGUUUGUCAACAGACUAUACACCACUCAACUACUGUGCUGUUGAGUGCAUGAGAGGAGAAAACGUGACACAGGCAUGGCUGACAUGACUGUUGUCAGGUUAUUUAUACAAAAAGGAGAAAUGAGGGAACAUAGUUUAUUACCAUUCAAGUCAGGUAUUUCACACCCAAAUGAGCACCUCCCCAUGAAGACAUGUAACAGACCUGCAAACGCAGAUUCUUUUCUGCUUAGUUUACGGCCAGCUCAGCUGUGAUGUUUUCAGUCGAUUGGAUUAGUGUGUCGCAGUGCUCUCAAGUUGACAAACUAUGCAGUAGGGACACUGGUAAUAAAAUAGCUCAAACACUUAUCUUUGGCUUUUCAUUACUUUCAUUUCUUAUUACCAAUUGGCAUACAUACACACCAGUACGGACUUAUCUGCAAUAAGAUAAAAUCAGCUGAGAGAAUCAGCCCACCAAUGUACCUGUCAGGCUGUAGUAAUGAGCUCCCUCUCAGGUGUUAUUCCACUGUGUAACAACAGUUUCUGUUCCUCUUUCAGGACAACCUCGGAC